CUCCACCUUCUCCUCGCUGCCUCUCCAUCAGUAUUUCCUCUCCUCCCUCCGUCGGGUUGGAGCAGAUCCUUUACGGAGCAGGAGAACAGAGGUCGUGCGUGUUUCUCCUCCUGCAGCAGAAAGCAGGCUCUGACUCUCAGCAGCCUCCGGGGUUUCCCCCUUCUACCAAGGAUAUGGAGUCUAAAAGAGUCGCUGGGAUUAUUCCUCGGGUUGCCUGCCUUCUUCUCCUUCUUGGCUUGUUCGGGACAACCGCAGAAGAGGAGUGUGACAGCCCUUUGGUGUCCAACCUGCUGCCUUCAUCCUUCAGGAGCUCCUCCCAGCUGUCCAGCAGCCACGCACCGGGAUUCGCUAAACUCAACCGGAGAGACGGAGCUGGAGGCUGGUCCCCCCUCACCUCAGACCAGUAUCAGUGGCUGGAGGUGAACCUGGGCGAGCGGACCAAGAUCACAGCUGUCGCCACACAGGGCCGCUACGGCAGCUCUGAUUGGCUGAUGUCUUACCAGCUGAUGUUCAGCGACACGGGACACAACUGGAAGCAGUACAGACAGGAGGACAGCAUAGGGUCUUUUCCAGGUAACUCUAAUGCAGACAGCGUGGUUCAGUACAAACUGCAGCAGCCGGUCGUGGCCCGCUUCCUGCGCCUCAUUCCUCUGGACUGGAAUCCCAACGGGCGGAUUGGACUGCGCCUGGAGGCCUACGGAUGUCCGUACACCUCUGAUGUGGUGAGUUUGGAUGGCAGCAGCAGUUUGGUGUACAGACUAAAUCCCGGGUCAAGGCGGGUUCAGAGAGAUGUCAUCACAUUGAAGCUCAAAACCCUGAGAAACUCCGGGACGCUGCUGCAGGCAGAGGGAAGGGAAGGACUCGGCCUCCGUCUGGAGUUAGACAGAGGAAAGCUGCUGCUGCUGUUCAGACAAGGUAGGACUCUAUCUGCUGAACCUCAACGUCUUGCAGCUCUUGGAAGCCUUUUGGAUGAUCAGCAUUGGCACCAUGUGGCAGUGGAGCUACACGGCCUUCACCUCAACCUCACAGUGGAUAAACACACACUGAGGGUUAAAAUCCCGCCACAGGUCCACCACCUCGACAUACAAGAGCUGAGCGUGGGGGCAGUUCAGGCUCUCGGGUCUCACAAGCCAUUUCACUCCAAGAGGAACUUCCACGGCUGCCUGGAAAACCUGCUGUUCAACGGUCUCAACCUGAUCAAACUGGCGAAAGUCAAGGACCACAAAGUUUCUCUAAUGGGCAAUGUGACCUUUUCCUGUGCCGAGCCAGUUCCUGUUGCCGUGACGUUUCCCGGCCUCCAGAGCUUCCUCCAGUUGCCGUGGACAACGCCAUCAUCUUCGGGGAGCGUGUCCAUCGGGUUUCAGUUUCGGACCUGGAACAAGGCGGGGCUUUUGCUCACCUUUGAGCUCCCUCAACAAGGAGGCGUGGCCUGGUUGUUUCUGAGCGAGGCGAAACUCCGCCUCCAGAUCCAGAAAGGAGGACGGGUUCUGCUGGAGCUCAGUGCAGGUUCUGCACUCAGUGACGGCCAGUGGCAUUCAGUGGCACUGACCUCCAGGCGAAGUCAUCUGAGUGUCUGUGUCGAUAAAGAUGACGGCGCUAGCGCUCAGGCCAGCCCGUCAUUUCCUGUCGCAGUAGAAAGUCACAUCUUCUUCGGUGGUUGUCCUGCUGGAGAUGCUCCAGGGUGUAGAAAUCACUUCAGUUCCUUCCAGGGCUGCAUGCGUUUACUCAGUCUGGACGGCAGGAUUAUGGACCUGAUCGCGGUGCAACAGAAGCAGCUGGGAAAUUACAGCAACCUGCAGAUUGACAUGUGUGGAAUAAUCGACAGGUGCUCUCCGAGUCGCUGUGAACAUGGCGGCCACUGCAGUCAGACCUGGACCGUCUUCCACUGCAACUGCUCCGACAGCGGCUACAGCGGCGCCACGUGCCACAGCUGCGACUUCCUGACGAUCUUCUCAUUAUUUUUCCUCCCAGCUGUGUAUGAACAGUCCUGUGAAGCGUACAAACACAGCGGCAACACGUCAGGAUAUUUUUACAUCGACGUGGACGGCAGCGGACCCAUCAAACCACAGCUGGUCUACUGCAACAUGACAGAGAGCGACACAUGGAUGAUUAUCCAGCACAACAACACUGAGCUGACCAGACUGCGACCGGUUUCUGGUGUGGACCAACAAUCGCUCCACUUCAGCUACUCAUCUGAAGAGGAGCAGCUUUUAGGCUCCAUCAGCCAAUCAGAGCACUGUGAACAGGAUGUAUCCUACCACUGCAGGAAGUCCCGCCUUCUCAACACCCCAGAGGGGUCUCCGUUCAGCUGGUGGCUCGGCGGCCGCGCCCCCGGCCGUGAGCAGACGUACUGGGGAGGAGCUCAUCCAGGCAGCCAGCAGUGUGGCUGCGGCCUGCGGGGCGACUGCGUGGACCCACAACACUACUGCAACUGUGACGCAGACAGAUUGGAGUGGACUGAGGACUCAGGCCUGGUUACCCAUAAGGAAAGCCUCCCAGUCAGAUCUCUGGUAUUGGGUGACCUCCAGAGGCCGGGGUCAGAGGCAGCAUACAGGGUGGGACCACUCCGUUGCUAUGGAGACAAGAACUUCUGGAACGCUGCAUUUUUUGACAAGGAGACGUCAUACCUCCACUUCCCCACCUUCCACGGUGAGCUGAGUGCAGACAUCUCCUUCCUUUUUAAGACCACUGCUUCCUCUGGAGUAUUCCUGGAAAAUCUUGGCAUUAAGGACUUCAUCCGGAUCGAACUAAGCACGUCUACUCGGGUGGUUUUCUCCUUCGAUGUUGGUAACGGCCCACUGGAAGUUCAAGUCGAGUCGACGGUCCCGUUGAAUGACAACCGAUGGCAUCGAGUCCGAGCCGAGCGAAACAUCAAGGAGGCGACGCUUCGACUGGACAACCUGCCUGUGGCGACGCAGGAGGCGCCGGCUGACGGACACGUCCACCUGCAGCUCAACAGCCAGCUGUUCAUUGGAGGCACGGCGUCCAGGCAGAGGGGUUUCAGAGGCUGCAUCCGCGCUCUGCAGCUGAACGGUGUUACUCUGGACCUGGAGGAAAGGGCAGAGAUGACGCCCGGCGUUCGGCCCGGCUGCCCGGGUCACUGCAGCAGCUACGGCUCGCUGUGCCAGAACCAGGGCCGCUGUGUGGAGAGAGCCGCUGGCUUCCACUGCGACUGCAGCCUGUCGGCUUACACUGGAGUCUUCUGCCAAACAGAGCUGUCAGCCAGUUUCAAACCUGGAACGUCGGUCAGAUACACCUUCAAGGAGCCGUAUGAGUUGACUAGGAACAGCAGCACUCUGCCGUCCUCCAUCUACUCCGACACAACGCUGAGAGGAGAAAAUGUCUCCAUGAGUUUCAGGACGGCUCAGAGUCCAGCUCUGCUGCUUUACGUCGGCUCUUACUACAGAGAGUACAUGGCCGUGCUCAUUAACAAGCAUGAUAAGCUGGAGGUGAGAUACAAGCUGGAGGGAAACCGAGACGCUGAAGUGUUGAGGAGCAGCAGCGCGAGGAACCUGGCCAAUGGACAGCUGCACAGCGUUACCAUCAGGAGACUGACAAACACUGUGUCUGUGCAGGUUGACCAAAAUGCCAGAGAAGACUUCAACCUCACGUCUGACGGAGAGUUUAAUGCCAUCAAGUCGCUGGUGUUGGGCAAAGUGCAUGAGUCUGGUGAUUUGGACUCUCAUCUGGCACGGUUAGCGUCUCUGGGUUUCACCGGCUGCCUGUCAGUGGUUCAGUUCAACUCCAUCAAUCCUCUGAAAGCUGCUCUGCUCCACCCAGACACCGGCCCCAUCAUCAUCACCGGACCUUUGGUUCGGUCCAACUGUGGCUCUGCAGCCUCAGCCAAUCCCCACGCAGCUGAAAACAUUCACCAUAUAUCAGACCGGUCCGGCUCAGUGGGCUCAGGUCAACCUUUAGUCAAUGCCAUCAGGACCGACUCGGCUCUGAUUGGAGGUAUCAUAGCGGUCGUCAUCUUUGUGGUUCUGACCGGUUUGGCCGUCGCCGCGCGGUACCUCUACCGGAGGAAGGACACGUUUCGAAACCCGGAGGGGAACGCAGUUAAACGGGAAGACAGUCCGAAUUUCCCUUUCAACAAUCAGACUGACUCCCAGAACCUGUCCUCUGAAAACCCAAAGGAAUAUUUUAUCUAACAGCAGUUCUGCCGACCCGAUGCGUUGCUUCUGUUUUUCAGGGUCAGAGGUGAAGAAGACAACUUAAAGACCCUCUGGACUCGUCGGUGGACUCAAGAGCCUUCUGGACUCUUUGUUACCAAAAGUGGCUCCACUUCAAGGCGAAGACAAACGCAAACAGUUUGGUGUUGUGUUUCUGUUGCUUUACUGUAAAAUUGUGGAUAUUCUGAUACAAACAGGCAACAGUGUUUGACUUCAAGGUGGUAAUAUGCAUUUUUACAGAAACUGAAAUGUGGGAUUUGUGUCUUGGCAACAAGUUUCGGCUGCUUUCACUUUGUUACUUUUUCAAUGUUGAAGUUGUCAAUCUUUUAUUGAAGUAAUAGGGAGAAAAUGUGACGUGCUGCCCCCUUGUGGCAACAUGUAUAGAUGCUUUCCAGAUUCAUGUGUUUGGGUUUAAGGGGAGUUCAGAAAAUAUUCAUUAAUGUUUUACUUUUCUCCAAUUUUCAGGUGCAUAUUUUAAUUCCUUUAAUGCAUAUUUUGGUUUUCUUACACCAGCUGCCAAAUUUAUUCCACAACUUAUACCAGGGGUGUCCAAACUUUUUGUCACAUGGCCCAAGUAAAAAAAAUUAGCAGGGCAAAAAAACAAUAUAUAUGUAUUUUUUAUCUUAUGUUUUUUACUGCUCAACAAUAAACUAAGCAUACAAUAAUUUUAAUUAAAAAAAUAAAUUGGUUUUUUGUGGGAAAUAUAAGUUUAAAUCUUUGUAAAUCCAAAAUUUAAAAAGGGUUUUACAUUUUAUGGAAUCCAGUGUGAAAAUUCUUUUAGGACUGGAUAAAAAAUAUAAAUAUUAAACCUAUUAUCUGCAACAAGAACAGGAUUUUAUUUAAAAAUGUUUUCUAUAUUAAGCCAAGUUUAAACAAUUAAUUAAAAUCUGGGUUAUCUGAAGUCUACAAAGAAGUAAAUCUGGUUUUAUUUACUGAGUCAAAGAGAAAUCAAAAAGUGUUUUUAUUAAAAUACAUACUUUGUGUUUUAUGUAAGAUUUUCCAUUGAAACAUUUUAAUUUUUUAGAAAUUAAAGUUAAAAAAAGUCUCCAACUGCAUCAACCACGUUUUCUGGCUGGGCCACAAAGAAUCAAUUCAAGGGUCACAAAUGGCCCCCGAGCCACACUUUGGUCACACCUGGACUUAAGCACACAUUCUGUAGAAUAUAAAGGUGCAUUUAGUAUUGUUUUAAAAAUCAUUGUACCGAAACACAAUGUAAAAAGGUUACUAUGGACUUUGUGAAGCGUUUAGGCUUAUUUUAGUUGCCUUAGCAACUCCAUUCCUUCAUUUAUUUAUUUUUUUGGGACAAAGACAAAAAUGCUUCUGAUCUUUGAGAUAUUGUCCUUAAGCGACUAUGGAGACAAGAAACAACUCUGAGGAAAACAUUAAUUAACAUUUGUAACCACAGAUCUGGUUCAGUUGAUGCAACAAGCAUCGUUUAAAUUGGUUUUUCAAAAACAGAAAAAAUUGUUUUGCAAGAGGCUGAAUAUAGAUUGCAGAAAGUCACAUGAAGUUAAAAUAGGUUGAGAAGUUCAAAUAAUGCAAAAGUAUCAGUAAUUGACAUCUUUAUGGUUGUUUUCACAAAGACGAAGUGAAUUUCUGCAUUUUGUGUUGGGAUCCGUUUUGCAUCUUGUUAAAGCCGACGAGGGAUGACAGUUUCAGAAGUUAUAUGGGGAAAAAGUUUCAUUAAAAGUGACCAAAUUUGCUAUUAUGUACAUUGCAUCUAAUGGUCACUCAUGACUUAGUAGGUCAUUUCCAGGCUCAGACAUUUUAAGAUUUAGCUUGAAGCUAAUGAGGAAACGUCUCAUCAGCCUCGAGCUAAUGAUCCUAAAACGCUUUGCUAAAAGUUUGAUUGGAACUCCGUGCCUGGAGCAGCAAAAAUAAUUUGGUGAGUGUGAUGGAUGCUUGUUUUUGCACCGCAAAAGGGGAAAAUAUCUCCUAAUACAUUCCAAUGUUUGAAUAUCUUUUUGUAAAACUGGGCAGUUUCCCCUCAGCCUGGAUGUCUGAAGCAUGAUGCAUCUUUUGAAAACUGGCAAUGAACCAAGGGGUAUAGUCAAAGGCUUUGAUUGUUUUUACAUUUGCUUUUCAUUUCUGGUCAAGGUUGUAGUGGAAAAAAAGAAAGAAAUAUUGAAAAGCAUAAAAGAUAAUAAGUGAGAGCUUAGAAUGAUUUUAUGUUUAAAAACCGAAUGGUUAAUUUAUGCAAUGAGUAAGAGAAAGGAUACAUUUUCUUCAAGAGCAGUAGUUUGGAGACAUAGCAAACCGACACCCUUUGAAGGGACUUAAGAGAGCACGUUGUUGAGGCAAGUCAUCCUUUAAAUCACCACCUUGAUAAAUGACUGCAUGUGACAAAGCUGAUCUGAAACACUGAAAGUCUGGCAGAAUUCAAAUCAACACCAUUUCUGCUCCUGUUCUGACCAGCAUUUUUUUAAUUAUUAUUAUUAUUUGACCUCUAUUCAUACAAGUUGUCUCUGUGAGAUCCGAGAUCACAUUUACAACAGAGAAUGUUUGUUCAAGUGGACAAAAUCACAAACACAGCAACAUGACAAGCAAUUUAGAAAUGUGCUUGUUAUGUUGACCACCAGGCCCAUUUCGCUGCUGUUUCUUAAUAUUCUAAGUCGUCUCUCCCACCCCUACUCUGAAGUUUGAGGUUGUUCACUUCUCUAAAAACAGUAACUGCUCACAGGGAACUUUCCUUCCUUGAUUUCUUAAUGCAUUUCAGCUGUGAAGUUUCAGAGUAGCAGCAGCAGCAGUGCUCACUCAACGCUGUCGCCUCAUUUGCUUCACACAGAGACCAUUUUUAGACACCAGUCUGCUUUGAUUCUGCUCCUUUCUGACUCGUCUCCUCUCACAGUUUGGCGCUUUGUCCUCAUCUACCUGCACAUCAGACAUUUUCCAAGCAGACAUCCUUCUAAUCAAAAUGAAUUUUCUCAAGUGUAGCUCAUGUGCAAACAAUGCAAAAGGUGAGAAGUGUGUCAAUUAUCGGAGUUUGUAACACUAUCUCCAUCCUAAACUCUGAAGUGCAGAUGUGAAUUUAAUGACAAGUUGUUAAAGUUCGGGUUGGUUCAGUGUCUCUUUCUUUUGAUCAGCUUUGUAGAUAAGACUGAGUGAAAGUGGACAAAUAUUUCUGUCAAUGCAGCUGAGAAGCAAAUGUUUACACACUGAUGACAUGGGUCAUAAUGAAGUGAACCAAGUUUUGUUUUUGUGCCUCCUGAUUAAAAAAUGGCCUCAAAGUAAACAUUUUUUGGGAA